CAGGAUUUGAUAUUUGUCCUUCCACUGGGAAGGUGUUUGCAGCAAAAGGGACAAGAAAUGUGUAUUCUGUAGAACGCGAUUCUUGCAGAUGGUACGACUUGCGUGCCAAUGGUAGUUUUCCCUUAUCAACGCAUUCCUGAAAAAAUAACUAAAGGUAUUAAUCCUAAUCGUAGUUACAAACAAUUUGUUAUGAAGCUUCCUAGAGUCACCUUCUGCACCAGCAAGAAAGGGUAAACGAAACAUAGAG